AUUUUUCUAAACUGAUUUCCAAUAGGUUCUUCAGAAACUUUUCGUGGAAGACCCUGUAUAUGUAUUUUAUGAAUCACAUAUGCAAUAAGUACGAAAUUUCUAUGACUAUUAUGAAAAAAAUCAUCAUAUGUAUGAAUUCGAUGGAAAUGCAAUAUUACUUCAUAAGAAAGUUUUUUUUUAUCAGAAGAUGUGCAGAAAUUAUUGACGAUCAAAAUGGCGACUUACAUCAAGGCAGUUCUCGCUCCAAACAAUACCAUAGUGAUAACUCCCAGCAAGAUGGCUUCAGGUGGUGGUGAAAAAGCAGUUGAAGAAUACAAUGAUGAAUUUAACAAGUUUACACUUAGUAGAGAAAAGAAAAGGAAACAAUUCAGACAUCAGUCACAACAGUUUCCAUAUAGAAAAUAUUUAGUAGAUUUUAUAGAACAAACAUGUAAGAGUAAAGGAUAUUCCAGGUCAACACUUUUUCUUGCUACUUAUCUUUUAGAUUUGUACAUGGAUCAUCACAGUCUUUUAAUAAGACGACUUAUGAUAGUGGCGAUCGCUAGUCUUACAAUGGCAGCUAAAGUUGAGGAGCGCUCAGCUACUGUCCCAAAAUUUCUUGAAUUAAUGCCUGAACCAGUAGAAAACGCGUUGAAGUAUUAUAGUGAAAUACAAAAAGAAAUGUUGAAGUUUUUUGAAUGGGAUCUGUUCAUUCCAACGGCAGCCCACCAUAUUGCUUACUUUAUGCAAGCUCUUGUGACAGUCGAUGAAAAGAAUUAUUAUAAUUUUCCGAACCUAACACAAUGUAUGGGUUAUGUGAUGGGCCUGUAUCAGGAUAACUUAUUAAAAGAUGUUCAUUUAAUGCAAUGCACUUCGCCAUCAAAACUGGCUGCUGCUUUAAUUGCCUCUUGUAGAUUAAGAUUUGGAUUGAGUGCAUGGAACAACAAGCUAAAACAUCUGAGCAAAUAUAAGGAAUCUGAUUUUCAAGAAACUCUAACAUUAGUUAAACAAGGGACCAGACUGUUUUCAUGUAUCAAUUGCUAUGAACGCUUUACUUAUAGGUGACCGAAAUUAUCAUGCAUAUAUAAAUAGAAUAAUACAUUUUAUUUGUAAAUAGCUCUAAUUAUUCAAUAUCAAUUAGAUUUCCUUAUCAAAAAAUAUUUGUGCUAUUAGGUAGUAGAUUGAUGUAUGAAUAACUUUUGUAGUUUUAGUCUGCAUUCAUUGAAUAAUUUCAAAAAAAUGGAUGAACAAGAAAAAUACUAUGGUAUUUUGAUGAUUGUAUAUAAUUUAAAGAUGUGUUACUCAGAAACAACUUGUUUCGUAAAUGGAAUAUUGUAUUUUAUUGUCUAGUGUACAGUUUGUAGUUUUAAAAUUAUGUGAUUGAUAUUUUUAUCAAAUUUUUCAUGAAUAAACAGUGUCAUCUGACACAAAUAAGAUCUGAA